AUGCACGACAAGUUCAACAACAUCCACACCACCAUGUCGUCCGCUUCUUCCGACUCGGGCCCCUCCAGGUCUCCUUCCCCCGAUGCUGAGGCUGGUCCCUCAGCCAAGACCUUUGCCGACCUCGGUGUCUCCCAGGAGCUCUGCGACGCGUGCGAGUCACUUGGCUUCAAGGCUCCUACGGACAUCCAGGCCGAGGCCAUCCCUCCUGCCCUCACUGGUCGUGAUAUUAUCGGUAUCGCCCAGACUGGUUCGGGUAAGACGGCUGCCUUUUCGCUUCCUAUCCUCCAGACUCUUUGGGAGAACCCCCAGCCCUUCUUUGCUUUGAUGCUGGCACCUACUCGUGAACUUGCGGACCAGAUCGCCAAGCAGGUCGCUGCCCUUGGUGCUCCCAUUGGUGUCCGCACUGCUGUCAUUGUUGGUGGUAUGGACAUGAUGUCGCAGAGCAUCGCUCUGUCCAAGCGCCCCCACAUCAUUGUCGCCACUCCUGGUCGUCUUAUGGACCACCUCGAGAACACCAAGGGCUUCUCGCUCAAGGCUCUCAAGUACCUGGUUCUCGACGAGGCGGACCGUCUUCUUGACCUCGACUUUGGACCCAUCAUUGACAAGCUUCUCAAGAUUAUCCCCAAGGAGCGCAACACCUUCCUCUUCAGUGCCACCCUCUCGACCAAGGUUGAGAAGCUCAAGCGUGCUUCGUUGAACAAGCCUGUCCAAGUGAAGGUUGCUUCCAAAUACUCGACUGUCUCGACCCUCAUGCAGUACUACGUCUUCUUCCCCGAGGUCCAGAAGGAUGCCUACCUCUUCUACCUGGUCAACGAGCUCUCGUCGUCAUCGAUGAUCAUCUUCACCGGAACCGUCGACCGUGCUCAGCGUCUUUCCAUCAUGCUCAACCGUCUUGGCUUCCCUGCCAUUCCCCUCCACGGCCAGCUCUCUCAGAGCGCUCGUCAGGGAUCCUUGAACAAGUUCAAGAGCGGUGGCCGCAAGAUCCUCGUGGCCACUGACGUUGCCUCGCGUGGUCUCGACAUUCCCCUUGUCGACUUGGUCGUCAACUAUGACAUUCCUUCCAACUCGAAGGACUAUGUCCACCGUGUCGGACGUACUGCCCGUGCUGGUCGCUCGGGUAAGUCGAUCACUUUGACGACGCAGUACGACGUUGUCAUGCUCAAGGGCAUUGAGGCGGCCAUUGGGCGCCAGCUGCCCGCCUUUGAGGUCGACAAGGAGGCUGUUGCCAUUCUCUCUGACCGUGUGUCUGAGGCUGCCCGUGCGGCCCGGAUUGAGAUGCGUGAGCAGGGCACUGGUGGCGCCGGUGGCAAGCGUGGACGCGACAAGGGAAGCAAGGGACGGUUCGACGACAACCGUGACCGCGACGACGACGUUGUGCAGGGCGGCAUGCCCAACAAGAAGUUCAAGAAGGGUGGCAGGAGGUAG